AUGAGAGGUGCCAUGCGAGUUUCAUUCAUGUUCCUUCUGCUGACUAUGUCGGACUGUGCCGUGAUCACUGGGGCCUGUGAGAGGGAUGUCCAGUGUGGGGCGGGCUCCUGCUGUGCAAUCAGCCUGUGGCUGCGUGGGCUUCGGAUGUGCACCCCGCUGGGGCGGGAAGGAGAAGAGUGUCACCCCAGCAGCCAUAAGGUCCCCUUCUUCAGGAAACGCCAGCACCACACCUGCCCCUGCCUGCCCAACCUGCUGUGCUCCAGGUGCCCGGACGGCAGGUACCGCUGUUCCACGGACCUGAAGAACAUCAGCUUCUAG